AUGAAAUUAUCAAUAUUCUCCCCCCGCAAAAAUCCGUCUCUCAUCCCCUCCGCUAUAUUCAGCACAUACAGAUCUGCAAUCCAAACAACAUUUUCUGCGACUGAAUUGCCAGGAGUCAAGACUGCUUAUAUGAGUGGUAUUCGAAUGGCCUUUGCACUGUCAGUCGCAAUGUCUGGGGUCGCGACACUGGUGGCGUUGAGUCAGGGCUGGAUUAGAAUGAAGAAAGGCGAUGAACUGGCUACUCAAACGAGAUAUUGA